GCCCGCGUCCCUGUCGAGCUCAUGCGGGACGCCGCUCACGGCCGUGUCCCCACAGGCGUCCGGUCAAGUACAACCUGUGCAGCGACAACCACGGCAUCAAGCCGCCCACGCCGGAGCAGUACCUGACGCCGCUGCAGCAGAAGGAGGUCUGCAUCCGGCACCUGCGCGCGCGCCUCCGGGACACGCAGGAGCGCCUGCAGGACCGGGAUGCUGAGAUUGAGGACCUGAAGACGCAGCUGUCGCGGAUGCAGGAGGACUGGAUCGAGGAGGAGUGUCACCGCGUGGAGGCCCAGCUGGCGCUCAAGGAGGCCCGCAAGGAGAUCAAGCAGCUCAAGCAGGUCAUCGACACGGUGAAGAACAACCUCCUGGAGAAGGACAAAGGGCUCCAGAAGUACUUCGUGGACAUCAACAUCCAGAACAAGAAGCUGGAGACGCUGCUGCACAGCAUGGAGCUGGCGCAGAACGGGGCGCCCAAGGAGGAGGGCGCCGGCGAGUCGGCCGGGGGCUCCCCCGCGCGCUCGCUCACGCGCAGCUCCACGUACACCAAGCUGAGCGACCAGGCGGCCGGCGAGCGCAACGGCGGCGGCUCCCAGACCAUCUCGGUGGACGAGGGCGCCGACAGCGCCUUGAAUGCAAAACACGGAUCCCGUUCCCUGCAGAGCAGCCUGGGCACUGAGCUGGACUCUCCCUGA